AACGCCGCCUCAAUCACAAUGUACAUUAGGUAUUCAUUCAAAUGAUAAUGUACCUACAGAAUGAAUAUUAUCUAAUGUGGAAUUUAUGAAUCUGAUUUGGUGAAAUACACGUGCAAGACAAUAUUUACUGAAUAUAUUUACUAUUUUUUUUCCUACAGCGUUCGGUGAAUAUUUAAAAGUGAAAUCCGCAGCGCACUUUAUACGCAUACGACUUUUUAUACGUUAUGGUCUUUUUAUGCGGUACGUACCGACAAAUGAUUUUGAAACAAAUACCUAUACAAUAAUUACCGAUGUCGAUAUGAAAUUACAAUAAUCCGCAGGGCCGCUCGUGGGUUUUCUGCUUUUUUUCACGCGUUGAAAAUGGGUUUUUUCUUUCGUGAAACCAUUGUAUUUUGACAAUACACUAUUAUAUUAUAUUAUUAUAAACGGUGGUACCAGACACAAUACCGUCAUAAAUUCAGAUAAUCAGAUUAACAUCAACACAUCAUCAUAUUUUCUACAGUACGUAUAAUCGUCGUCAACAAGAAGGUUUAUUUGUGGUGUGCGUUCAUAUAUAUCGACGACUGUAAUCAAAAACCACCGUUUACCCGCGAGUACCUAUUAUUGUAUUACAAUCUGUCUAUCUGUCAAAUCGUAUAAAGGAACAUAAAUAAUGUUUUGGAUCAUCGGCGUAAUACUAUUUGGAGUAUUAUGUGCUGGCUACCUGUGGCGUUCCAACAGAAACUUACCCCCAGGUCCUUGGGGUGUUCCAAUUUUCGGCUAUCUACCGUGGUUAAAUCCAACCGAACCUUACAAAACGUUAACGGCACUGGCUAGUAAGUAUGGACCGAUUUACAGCAUUCAGAUGGGCAAACAUUUUGCAGUCGUUAUGUCGGACCCGACACUGGUUAGAAUGGCCUUAGCGAGGAACGAACUAGCAGAUCGCACCAACUUCGAAGUUGUCAAUGAAAUAAUGCAAGAACAUGGUUUGAUAUUUACACACGGGCCUCUUUGGAAAGAACAACGAAAAUUUGUUUGCAAUUGGCUUAAGGUGAUCGGCGUGACCAAGUUCGGGGACAAGAAAAAUAACUUACAACUACUUAUUGCCGACGCCGUGUCUACUACGAUCUCGAAAUUACGUCAAUCAAAUAAUCGUCCGAUUGACACGGGGACGUUUUUUCUUGUACACAUAGGAGAUUUCAUAAAUCUCAUAGUGUUGGGUAAAGCGUGGCCAGAAGAUGACCCUAAUUGGAUUUAUUUACGAAAUUUGGCUGAAGACGGAUCCAAAAAAUUCGCCAUAGCCACCCCAUUAAGUGUUUUGCCAAUAUUGAAGAUAAUACCGAAAUACAGAAAUACUGUUUUUGAAGUAAUCGAGGGAGUUAAAAACACGCAUCUCAUAUAUAAAACUUUGAUGGAGAAACGAGGCAACGAAAUUCACGAAAGUGACGAUCUGAUGGCCAUGUUCAUGAAAGAAAUGACCAAGAGAAAAAAUGACAAGGAUUCCCAUUACUUCACCGAAAAACAAUGUUGUUUUCUUCUGUCUGAUCUUUUCGGUGCUGGUGUCGAAACAACCGUAAAUACCCUAAGAUGGUUUCUUCUGUACAUGGCUUUAAACCAAGAAAUACAAAACGACUUACAGAAAUUGCUGGAUUCUGCGUGUACCGAUGGUGGAUUAAUAGGUCUAGAGCAAAUAGAAAGCAUUCCGCUGCUAAAAGCUUGCGUGUCUGAAACGAUGCGAUUGCGGCCGGUGGCUCCGUCUGGUAUACCGCGGUCGGUGAACACCGAAAUUACGAUUUCGGGAUACCGCAUACCAAAAGGGACCAUGGUUUUACCGCUGCAGUGGGCAAUGCAUCACGACGAAAAAUAUUGGACGGACCCGGAGACGUUCCGACCGAAAAGAUUUUUGGACGACGAAGGGAAUAUGAUCAACCACAAGGCCUUCAUGCCAUUUCAAGCCGGUAAAAGAGCUUGUGUCGGAGACACGCUUUCCUACUGGAUACUCUAUCUGUUCGGUGCAAAUAUAAUCCACAAUUUCAAUGUUUCCGCAGAACAAGGUCUAUCUGAAAAAGAAAUCAACACCAUCAUGGACGGGGAGUUUGGCAUAACGCUCAGUCCGGCCACGCACAAAGUUGUUUUUAAAUCUCGAAUUUAA